AUGGCUGCCCAGGAGACAUGGUCUUGGGAGCAGUACCUGAGGGAGCAGAAGGCAGUCGCGGCGCCUGUGGAACUCUUUAACAAGGACCAGUCAUUUCCGGAACAUGAAAACCAUUUUCAGAUUGGAAUGAGAUUAGAAGGCAUUGACCCUCGACAUCCAUCUGUAUUUUGUGUGCUUUCUGUAGCUGAGGUGUGUGGUUAUCGGCUAAGACUUCAUUUUGAUGGUUACUUAAGCUGCUACGAUUUUUGGACUAAUGCAGGUUCCCCUGACAUUCAUCCAGUAGGGUGGUGUGAAAAGACCAAACAUGAACUGCACAUUCCUAAGGGUUAUAGAAAAGAUAAGUUUGUUUGGAUGAAUUAUUUGAAGGCCUGCAAAUUGCAAAAUGCUCCCAAGAAGUUAUUCAGAAACAGAAGUUCUAAUGGGCCAAUGCCUAAAGAAUUUCAGGUUGGAAUGAAGCUGGAGGCCGUCGACAGGAAGAACCCUUCCUUGGUGUGUGUGGCAACCAUAGCAGAUAUUGUUGAAGAUCGCUUACUAGUGCAUUUUGACAAUUGGGAUGAUAGUUACGAUUACUGGUGUGAUGUAAAUAGUCCUUAUGUCCAACCAGUUGGUUGGUGUCAGAAGAAUGGACGAACCCUGAUAGCACCCCAAGGUUAUCCUGAUCCAGAAAAUUUCUCUUGGACAGAGUAUUUAAAAGCUACUCAAACGAAAGCAGUUCCUGCCAAAGGUUUUAAAAGGCGGUUUACUCAUGGUUUUCUACCAAAUAUGAAACUUGAAGUUGUGGAUAAACGAAACCCUCGAUUAAUUCGUGUUGCAACUAUCCUGGAUGUUGAUAACCAAAGACUAAAGAUUCACUUUGAUGGCUGGGAUCACAAAUAUGACUAUUGGACUGACGCAGACAGCCCUGAUAUCCACCCAAGCGGAUGGUGCGAUGUGACAGGACAUCCUCUGGAACUGCCAUAUCGCGCAAAUGCUGUGAAAAUACUUCCAGGUCAACCUGUUUGCCCUACUCCAGGGUGCCGAGGAAUAGGCCAUAUCCGUGGUCCACGGUAUUCAGGACAUCACAGUGCAUUCGGCUGCCCGUAUUCUGACAUCAACUUGAAAAAGGAGACACGACUUCAUUACCCUCUGAGAGUACAGGCUCAGGAAAAUGUGGAAUUAGAUUCUUCACAUUCAAAAUCCAAAAACCUCUGUAGUUUGAACUUCAACGGACAGCAUGAAAAGAUGGAGAGUCCACCCAAACUUGUACAGCAGGCAAAGUGUUUGAAAAUCAAAGGAAAAGAAGAAAUUGACAUCGCUAAUCUCUUCAGAGAAUACACCACCCAGCACACGCAGAAGACGCUGCACCGGUCCAUCUUCAUGUCCGCCCUGUCGACUAACCCCUUUCGCGGUCUUGCACUUGGCAGGCAACAGCACUGCAAGCUGCUUCCUGGCGUGGCUGACGUGCAGGCAAGCCAGGUGGGCCGCUGGACAGUGGACGAGGUGGCUAAGUUUGUACAGUCUCUUCUGGGCUGCGAAGAGCAUGCCAAGUGCUUCAAGAAAGAGCAGAUUGAUGGCAAAGCCUUCCUGCUUCUGACCCAAACAGACAUCGUCAAGGUGAUGAAGAUCAAACUGGGCCCAGCACUCAAGAUCUAUAAUUCUAUCCUCAUGUUCAGGAAUUCCCAGGAUCUCUCGGACGAAGAUGUGGCCUCCAGCCCGAAACUCAGGAAGUAG